AUGACUUUGAAACAAACACGAGUAGGUAUGGGUUUUGAUGCUCAUCGUUUUCUUCCUACGCAAAACGGUCCUUCAAAUAAUAUUAUGUUGUGUGGAGUUGAAGUUCCUUCAACAUUUGACAUUGAAGCCAACUCAGAUGGAGAUGUAGGACUUCAUGCUCUUGUAGAUGCCUUACUUGGUUCAGUGGCUGCAGGUGAUAUUGGCAUGCAUUUCGCUCCUGACGAUAAACAAUGGAUAGGAGCCAAGUCAAGUAUAUUUGUUAAACAUGCUCUGACGAUAGUACAUGAGAAAGGUGGCGAAUUGGUUAAUAUUGAUAUCACGAUUAUUGCUGAAAAGCCUUACAUUUCUCCUUAUCGACAAAUUAUGCGUGAAAAACUUAGCGAACUACUAGCUCUUGACAUCGAACGAAUUAGUGUAAAAGCAACAACAACAGAGAAAAUGGGCUUCAUUGGACGAGAAGAAGGAAUUGCUGCUCAGGCUAUUGUUAGUGUUCUUGUUUAG